AUGUCAAAGAGCAUCUAUAGUAAACCGUUCCGGAGAUCGACAAUUCCACCGUACUUCUUACGGCACUAUGAAGCGAUAUCGAAUGAUCAAAUCUUGAAUAAACCGCAAAGGGGUAUAAAUAGUAUCAAUAAUAAUUUUCAACGGAAACGAGUUUAUCAUUGUGCAUCAUGCGAUCUAUAUGAUUGUUGUCAAAAAACAACUUGUCUAUGUCUAAAUGAUUACUGGGGUCCUAAUAAACCACUUGGUCCAAUUGAUUAUCUCUCGUUUAUCUUGCUCUUGACGAUGAAGAUGUGCUGUUCUCCAUCCGCCUUCUUUUUCUCUUUCGAUUAUUUGACUUCCUAUAUCGACCUUGAUCAUCGUCAACAACUAAAGUCUACAGGAUUUUACUAUUUGAUUUUGUUUCUCUACCAUUGCCGAUACAUGUCGAUCGUUUAUCUCAUCUCGAGUCUCGUUAUAUUCGGGGCUUGUGACGUUCUAUUUCAAUUUGUUCAAACUUCCGAAGGUGAAAAUCGUCUUGUAUAUUAUCUCUUCUCCGAACAAGGUUAUAAUCCACUUGUACGACCCACCCAGCAUUCCAAUGAAACCGUGACUGUGUCAUUUGGUCUUUUAUUAGUUCAAUUAAUUCACGUUUACGAAAAAGAACAAAUUAUGAAAACAAAUACAUGGCUGCAUAUGAAAUGGUACGAUCCACAGCUGAGAUGGAAUCCGGAACGAUAUGGCGGUGUCGAUCAAAUUAGUGUACCUUACACCAAUGUUUGGACACCAGAUGUUGUUCUAUUCAAUAAUGCAGAUGGAAAUUAUGAAGUUUCAUUUAAAUCCAAAGUCGUUCUAUUGCAUACGGGUGAAGUUCAAUGGAUUCCACCUGCAAUCUACAAGUCUUCAUGCCGAAUCGACGUGAAAUUCUUUCCAUUUGAUACUCAAAAAUGUGAAAUGCGUUUUGCAUCGUGGACAUACAAUGCGCGAGAAGUAGCAUUUACCCAUUAUAGCGAAGAACGCGAUAAAAAGUCAGAAAUAACCAAAUUAUUAACACAACAGGCAAUUAGUGCCACUAAAGAUGAACCAUACAAAGAUGAUUAUCUCGAAAGUGGAACUUGGGAUGUCCUGAAUAUUCCAAGUAAAUUCGUUCAUUAUUAUUCGAAUGGUUCGAGUUCCAUACCCGAUUACAUCGAAAUUGUCUUUUCUAUUGAAAUGAGUCGCAAAACUUUAUACUAUACAGUGAAUCUAAUUGUUCCAACUGGUCUAAUGGGCAUUCUUAUCUGCAUUGUUUUCUGUCUACCAACUGCAGCCGGAGAAAAGAUGACACUCUGCAUGUCAAUACUUUUAGCGCUGAACCUCUUUCAACUUCUUGUGACAAAAAUUUUACCACCGACAUCAGCUGUAGUUCCACUGAUUGCUAAGUAUCUCCUUUUCACAUUUUCACUCAAUGUUCUCGUCAUUGUUAAUACAGUUGUAAUAACGAAUUUUUAUUACCGCACACCGAUGACUCAUUCAAUGCCAGGUUGGGUACGACGAAUUUUCAUUCAUUUACUUCCGCGGUUAUUGUGGAUGGAAUCGCCGAAGUUAAAAGCAAAACGUGAAGAAUACGAAAUGGCAAAUGCGAUGGAAAAAUCUGUUGUUUUUCAAAAUCCGACUCAUAUUUCGACUGAAACCAUUCAGACAAAACCAAAACCGAAAUUCAAACACACUCAUAAAGAUCAUCGUUCUAGCUGCGAAUCAAACGCUUCGUUAGUUACUUACAUCAACGAUAAACGCCGAACGUCGACAAUUCUUCUAAAACCAAUAUCGAAUUCGAAACCUCCACAACAUCCAAAUUCUAAGCGGAAGUACUUCUUUUUCGAAGAAGAAAAGCGGGUGGUCGCUACAACUGCUCAGAGUAAACAAAAACCCAGUGGUCGUCGAUUACAAGUCGAACAAAUGCGACGAGAACUUGUUCAAGCUCUGCAAAAUAUUCGCUAUAUCGCUGCACAUUGCGAACAAGAAUCCCUAAUUGAAUCUGUACGUGAUGAAUGGAAAUUCAUUGCAACAGUUAUCGAUCGUCUUCAAUUCGUAAUCUUCCUGACAGUGACAAUAUGUGGAUCAGUGGCUUUGCUCUCUGAAGGAUCGUAUGUCUUUCGGUUUGGUUCUCAAGACUCGCAGAAACUCAUCCGAUUUUCUAAUCCGAAUACGACUGUUCAUGAAUUGACACGAACGGCUCGGAAUUAG